GCACACUUUUCAGAGUUAGUUGAGGUUAGUUUCAUGGCAAAAUUGGAAUCAGAUACUUAUUUACGCAACAAAUAGCAGCCAGUGAGAACGUGUGUGACAGUGCAUAAUACAAUUUUCGUCCACAUGGCCGCCACCGCAGUAGCAAAAGUCGGAAAAACAGUUCACCGCAUAUUCGUGGGCAACUUGCCUUGGACGGUGGGGCAUCAGGAAUUGCGGGGCUAUUUCAAAGAGUUCGGACGUGUUGUGUCAGCCAAUGUUAUAUUUGACAAAAAGACUGGCUGCUCCAAAGGGUACGGAUUUGUAAGCUUCAACGGUAUCGGCGCGCUCGAGAAGAUUGAAAACGAGCAAAAACACAUACUGGAGGGUAACUACUUGAAUAUACAAAAAUCGUAGGCGCCGGACGUAAUACAUCAAAUAUAGCAUUUGGAACGUUUAGUCUGUAGUUUAUUAUUAAGGCAAUCAGUUAGUCAAUCAGUCAUUCAUACACAACACACACUGAUGCAGAUUUAGGAAGCUUGGCCGGCGAGUACGAGGAGUUCGAGGA